CUAUAGGAGGCUUCCUGAUUAGUAUAUGUUUAAAAGGUGAGGAUACAGUGUGUACCUGACUCAGGUAAAUACAUUUUUAGGAAAGGUUUCAUAGAAAUGGAGGAAAUCAGUCUACCAAGCUACGAGGAGAUCAUUCCUGGUUUCACAGAAAUGGAGAAAAUGAAGCCACCAAAUUACGAGGAGGCCAUUGCUGCAGAACCAUCACCAUAUUCGCCAGGAAUAAAUAUACCAUAUAUUGACGAUCCAGCAGAACCAUCACCACAUUCGCCGGGAAUAAAUAUAGCAUAUAUUGACGAUCCAGUUUUUCAGCCUACCCCUACGGCACCCACAAUGGAUAUGAUUGAAUCUGUGGAAACUCCUAUACUAAUCCCAGCUCCGCUAUCUGAUCCAGAUUUAAGAACAGCUUUAUACCAUUAUAGGAACAAACUCCGCUGCGGUGGUUCUAAAUUCAUCAAAGAUAUGAUUUUAACUGAUAUUCAAAAUGACUGUGCAUUUCACUGUAAGCUGGAAACAUUUAUAGAGAAAAGAGAAUGCACUCCUAGAGUGACCGGUUAUUAUGGACAAAAUAUAGAUGGCCCCGAAAACGGGAUUACACCUGAUAAAUGGAACGUUCGUGUUGGCAGGCCACUCUUGUUCGACGACGACCAGGAAAUAAAAACGGAAGUCCCUCACACAGCUUACGUCAGAGAAUGCCCAACAUGUGAAGGAGAAAAGAAAAUAGAUUGCACGCCCUGUUGGGCAAAUGGAAAGGUUAUUUGCAAAGGAUGUCAGGGAAGAGGUGCUGAAAACCUUAUGUGUCGGAUCUGCAAAGGUUCGGGGGAUGAAGAUUGCUUGAAGUGUUCCGGCAGCGGGAUGAUUGACUGCAGUCAUUGUGAUGGCUAUGGCAAAUUGAAGUAUUGCAUGCAACUAACUGCUACAUGGAAAACUCAAAUGGAUGAAUUAGUAUCUAAUAGAUACAACUUACCAAAUGAACUGGUUCUCAAAGCGAGCGGGAAAGAAAUCUUUGUCAGGCAAGCACAACAGAUUGAACCUCUGAAUACUGCACACCCUGCACUGAAUGAAGCAUCCGCUGUUUUAAUAAAAAAGCAUACCUCAUCUUUAAGAAACAAAGCAGUUGUAGCACAGCGUCUUUCGUUGCGUGCGAUUCCUCUUACGAGAGCAACCUACAUCUGGAAAAAGAAGAAAGGAGAAUUCUAUGUUUACGGAUUUGAAAAAAAUGUCCACUUCGAAGAUUACCCUGAACAGUUUAGUAUGUGUGCAGUAUCCUAGAAGCUCUUUGAAAUCGUUGCAUUGUAUCAUAUUAGAUAUUUGUGUAGAAAUUCAAAAAUAAAUCUGUAUA